AUGGCGGACCAGGCUGGUGCAUGGCACCAGCUGUCUGCCCGGACUACCAGUGAGGAUGUCUCGUCGGCAUCUAGCUCGGCGUCCGCGUUCCUGACCACCUUGAUCCCGUCCUUGAUCGCCUUCGCAGUCAUGGUCGUUCUCUUCAUCAUUCUGCGCCGUAGCAACCGCAGAAUGUAUAUGCCUCGUACCUACAUCGGCAGCCUGAAGCACUGGCAGCGCACCCCGGAUACCCCCACUGGCCUAUGGAACUGGAUCUCCGCUAUGUACAAGCUACCCGACACCUACGUCCUGCAGCACCACUCGAUGGACGCGUAUCUGCUGCUACGCUUCCUCAAGCUGGUCUCGGGCCUGAUGUUUGUCGGCUGCAUCGUCACCUGGCCUAUCCUGUUCCCAGUCAAUGCGACUGGCGGCGGUGGCGGUCAGCAAUUGAACAUGCUCAGUAUUUCCAACAUCAGUGAUUCUCAGUAUGGCCGUUACUACGCUCACUGCUUCCUGGCGGUGAUCUUUGUCGGAAUUGUGUUCUUCACCAUCACUCGUGAGCACCUGUUCUACAUCAACCUGCGCCAGGCUUAUCUCUACUCGCCCGCGUACGCCAGCCGCAUUUCUUCGCGCACUGUUCUCUUCACCGCCGUUACUCAGGACUACCUGAGCAAGGAGAAGAUCCUCUCCAUGUUCGGCCGCGAGAAGGUGAAGAACGUUUGGCUUGCCACUGACACUGCUGAGCUGGAGGACAAGCUCAAGGAGCGCGACAGCGCUGCUAUGAAGCUGGAGGGUGCUGAGACCAAGCUCAUCAAGAUGGCCAACAAGGCUCGCAACAAGCAAUUGAAGAAGGAGGGUGCUCUGGAGAACGGCAACGCCGAAGAGGAGGAGGGUGCCGGCCAAUUCGACGACGAGUCCGGCUCCGUGGCUGCUCGCUGGGUCCAGGCCAAGGACCGUCCCACCCACCGUCUCAAGUUCCUGAUUGGCAAGAAGGUCGACACUAUCAACUGGGCUCGUUCCGAGCUCGAGCGCCUCAACCCCGAGGUUGAGGAGCUGCAGGCCAAGCAUCGUGCUCACGAUGUCAAGCUCGUCUCCUCCGUCUUUGUCGAAUUCUUCCAGCAGGCUGAUGCCCAGGCUGCGUUCCAGUCCGUUGCUCACAACCUGCCUCUUCACAUGUCUCCUCGCUACAUCGGUCUCGACCCUACCCAAGUCAUCUGGGCUAACCUGCGCAUCAAGUGGUGGGAGCGCAUAAUCCGCCACGGUGCUACCAUCGCCUUUGUCACUGCCAUGAUUAUCUUCUGGGCCAUCCCCACCGCCGUCGUGGGUGCCAUCUCCAACAUCGAUUCCCUGACCGACAUGGUCCCCUUCCUGCGUUUCAUCCUGGACGUCCCCAGCUGGAUCCUUGGUGUCAUCACCGGUCUUCUGCCCACUAUCCUCAUGUCCGUCCUGAUGGCCUUGGUCCCUAUCAUUCUCCGCCUCAUGGCCAAGUGGGGAGGUGACCCUAGUCUCGCCGCCGUUGAGAUGACUGUCCAGAACAUGUACUUCGCUUUCCAGGUCGUCCAGGUCUUCCUGGUCGUUACAGUCGCCUCCGCUGCCACUAGCGUCGUCACUUCUAUCAUUAACGACCCUUCGUCUGCUGCCAGCUUGCUGGCUAACAAGAUCCCUCAGGCCGCGAACUUCUACGUCUCCUACAUCGUUCUGCAGGGUCUGUCCUUCAGUGCUGGUGCCCUGCUCCAGAUUGUUGGUCUCAUUCUCGGCAAGAUUCUGGGCAAGUUCCUCGACAGCACCCCCCGUAAGAUGUACACCCGCUGGUCCAACCUGGCCGGUCUUGGCUGGGGUACCGUCUACCCGGUCUUCACACUGUUGACCGUCAUCGGUAUCAUCUACUCUUGCAUUGCUCCUCUUGUCAUGGGCUUUGCCACCGUCGGUCUGUAUCUCUUCUACUUCGCCUACCGGUACAACAUGCUGUACGUCUCCAACGCCACCAUUGACUGCCAGGGUCGCGGCUACACCCGCGCUCUGCAGCACCUCACCGUUGGCUGCUACCUGCUCAUGGUCUGCCUGAUCGGCCUGUUUGCGAUGGCCACUGGCGCCAGCCGCAUGGCACUGGGCCCUCUGGUUAUCAUGAUAAUCUUCCUGGUCUUCACCAUCCUCUACCACCUUUCCAUGAACACCGCCAUGGAGCCGCUCCUUAACUACCUUCCUAAGAACCUCGAGCACGAGGAGGAAGCUCUCCUCGCCCAGGAGCGCAAGCACCUCGAUGGUUCUUCGGACGGUCUGGCUGGCACCUCCACCGCCAAGGCCGAGAACAACGGCGUGUCCAAUGUGGACUCUGGUGUCGGUGCCGUUGAUUCUGCCGAUGCCGAGAAGGGCCUCGCCGACGGCCCUCUUCCCGCCGGACAGGAGAAGCCGCCGAACGCUGUCGUCAAGUGGCUGCGCCCGGACAAGUAUCACAACUACGAGACUCUCCGUCGCCUCGUCCCUAGCCCGCUGGAACUCCCCACUUAUAACCCCGAGGUCGAGCGUGACGCCUACUGCCACCCGGCCGUCAACUCCCAGGUCCCUCUUCUCUGGAUUCCCCGUGAUCCCGCCGGUGUCAGCCGACAGGAGGUCGCCCACACUUCCCGUGUUAUCCCCAUCACCGACGAGGACGCUUGGCUCGACGCCAAGGGCAAGAUCUCCUGGGACGUCGACAAGGGCCAGCCGCCCAUCUACGAGGAGAAGCCCUCCUACUAA